AUGGGGAGUGCCGGGACGCGUUGCACUCCUCGAGUUACUGCUACUGUGCUGGCUGUCAUGGCCUUGUCGGCUCUGGUGUACACUACGGCGCGACGCGGUGUACCACGCGUCAUGGGCGGCCGUUUCUUUUCCUGGGGCGCAUGCGCCUCCCCGAUUGUCACUAUCGAUCCAGUUGUUGCAGAAGAAAACUCCAUCGAGAGGAGGCUGCCACCUGAGAUCAAGGCCUUACAUGCACAGGCGGUGACGAACGGCGAGGACACGUACAUUGAUCUGCGCACGGGCUUCACUGUCUUUACCCGCCUUGGGCUGAUGCGAAACAUGAAGUGCUGCGGGAACCGGUGCCGCCACUGUCCUUUUGGCCACGUAAAUGUCCAAUCCAAGCGCUUGGCGACAACCGAAGCAGAGGGUCCUGUCGGGGCCACGUCCGCCGCCUCCGCGGCCACUAGUGUGGAUGCGUCUUCCACCACCCCCACGGCAGUCUCAAAGGAUGGGAAAGAGGUAGCUGGUGGUGAGGUGCCCAAGCGCAGUAUGGUCUACACCAAGACAGGGGACAAUGGUGCAUCUGCCCUGUUCACUGGCGAGCGCCGAAGGAAAGCAGACGUCGUGUUCGAAGCUCUUGGUUCGAUCGACGAGCUGAGCAGCCACGUGGGGCUCGCCAGGGCGAUGCUACGCAGCGCCGCGGCGAGGCAUGAGCACGAUGAGGCGAUGAUGUGCAUGCUGGCGGAAAUCCAGCAGGAGCUGCUGAACGCCGGCACGGUUGUGGCAACGCCAACGGCGAAAAACCUUGAGGACGAAACUGCAAAGCACAUGACUGAGAUUCUCGACGGAUACCGCUUUGCCGAAAAGACGGAAGAGCUAGCGAAAAGCAUCGACAUCAUUGACAACCGCCUCGCUCCGUUGCGCGUUUUCAUUCUUCCUGGCGGUGGUAACGUGGCCUCUGCCCAGCUGCAUGUGUGCCGCACCACUUGCCGACGUGCGGAGCGGCGCAUGGUCACGUUGGGCGACUUGUACGGCGCGACCUACACGGAUCACUUGCGCCAAGCCACUGUGUACAUGAAUCGGCUCAGCGAUUUUUUUUUUGUAGCCGCCCGCAGCGUUGCGGAGGAGGACAUUGUGCGGAAGUACGACUGA